AGUUGUAAUUGAGAAUUAAUGAAGGUGUCGGUCUUGCCACCCAGAUUUAGCCAAGUGGAGUUGCAUGUGUGAUUUCGUAUAUCCUGACAAAUUUAUGUCUGACUUGCCUGCCUCCUGCAUGUGAAUGUGUUAUUUUUUGUCAUUUAAUCACAACAUAAGUUAUUCUGGUUUUUAGUGGAGGCGCCGGCGGCGGCGGCGGUGGCUGAAAUUCAACAAAUCUCGUAAUCCGACAUGGCGACCAAAGGGUUCGUUUUGUAUCUGCUGUCGGGUUUUUCGAUAGCAGUUCUCUCUGUUUUGUUCAUCCAAAAAAGCAACAACGACGACAUGAACCAGAGCUCAAAUCUCUUAGAGUCCCCAUAUAAUUUAUCCACCACUGAAAAAGUUUGGCCUGCAUUGGAGUUGAACUGGAGGCUUGUAAUGGCGACGGUGAUAGGGUUUCUAGGAUCAGCAUGUGGUACGGUGGGCGGCGUUGGCGGCGGCGGCAUUUUUGUUCCAAUGCUUACCUUGAUUGUUGGAUUUGAUACCAAAUCUGCCGCUGCUAUUUCCAAAUGCAUGAUCAUGGGGGCAUCAGCAUCGUCAGUUUGGUAUAAUCUUAGAGUGCCGCAUCCGACAAAGGAAGUGCCAAUCAUUGACUACGAUUUGGCUCUUCUUUUCCAGCCUAUGUUGAUGCUUGGCAUCACUGUUGGGGUUGCCUUGAGCGUCGUUUUCCCUUAUUGGCUCAUUACUGUGCUCAUCAUCAUACUCUUCUUAGGUACGUCUUCAAGGUCUUUCUAUAGGGGUAUUGAAAUGUGGAAAGAAGAGACAAUUUUGAAUAAAGAACUCACCAAGCCACAAGAAUCUUUUGUUAAUUCCAGGGGUGAAUUACUGAUAGAUACAGAGUACGAACCAUUGGUUCCAAAAGAAGAGAAAUCAAAACUGCAAAUACUGUGUUUCAAUCUAAGGUGGAAAAGGCUUUUGGUACUGGCUACAGUUUGGGUACUUUUCACGGUUAUUCAAGUCAUCAAGAAUGAUGUGGUUCCCUGUACCACUUUGUAUUGGGUAUUGUUUAGCUUACAGUUCCCCAUAGCAACACUGGUUUUUGGAUAUGAAGCAACUAAAUUAUACAAAGAACAUAAGAAGAGAAUGAGCACUGGGAAUGCUGAAACAGUUUGUGGAGCUUCAAUUCAAUGGAGUCCAUUGAACAUUGCAUUUUGUGCACUUUGUGGCAUCUUGGGAGGCACUGUUGGUGGAUUGCUUGGUUCUGGUGGUGGAUUCAUUUUGGGUCCUCUCCUCCUUGAAAUUGGCGUGAUUCCACAGGUGGCUAGUGCAACAGCAACAUUCGUGAUGAUGUUCUCUUCAUCCUUGUCCGUUGUUGAAUUCUAUUUGCUUAAGAGGUUCCCAAUGCCCUAUGCUUUGUACUUGAUGGGAGUAUCUAUUUUGGCUGGUUUCUGGGGACAGUAUUUCGUGAGAAAACUAAUAACAAUCCUUAGGAGAGCUUCACUUAUUGUGUUCAUCCUAUCUGGUGUCAUCUUUGCAAGUGCUCUCACCAUGGGAGUCAUUGGCAUUGAGAGAAGCAUUCGAAUGAUUCACAACCAUGAGUUCAUGGGGUUUUUAAAUUUUUGCAGCAGUCAAUGAUCGUUGACUAAGUAAGAAUGUUGUUGGUCAUCACCUUGUUGACCAAUCCCAACAUAUUCAAUGUCUCGUAAGAAUAAAGAAUUCCAUCAAAUGUGUGGUUGUGGAAUGUGACUGUUAGCUUCUGGCUAACACCCCAUUCUUCAUUUAUCUUAUGUUUAAUUGCAUAUUUAUUAUUCAAGUUUCCUGGUUUUGGAAAUCAAAUAAACAUAUUCAAAACCUCAUAAUUACAAUAUAUAGAUUUAUGAAGCUUGAAUUCAA